CAUUACGAAAUCUUCCUUCCAAAUUUGCCUAAAAUUUUAAAAUCAGGGUGAUUUUGAUUGCGGUCACCUUGUAGUGCUGCAUAGUGAGCAAAUUUUGUCGCCGGUAGUGAUGACAAACUCGAAAUUCUAGCUGUUGUUAUUGUUCACGAAAGAAGAAGAGAAAAACACGCACAUUUUCUGCAAAUCUGUAAAACGAAAUAUACAUUUUAACGAACAGAACACAAAACACUGAAGGAAAAACAGAAAUGCCGCGACCCCCGAAAAGAGUUCACGCGGAGGCCAAGGAGGAGCAGGUUCAGGCCGAUCAGCUGCCAGAGGGAUCCGCUGCAGAAGAUGUCGAGGCGUUCACAAACCAAGCCUUCAGGAACGUAGUGGGCGCCACCAGGGCCGCCAACGCCUUUCCCCAGGGAACCGCCCGCGCCCUUUACUUGAGCUACCCGGGCUACGCACGUGUCAUGGACGACCUGUCGCAACGGGUGGUGGGGCUCAUCGGGAACGUGCUCCAGGCCAAGGAGAUCAAGGGCGACAUCAAGAAACGCCAACUGGAAGAGCAGUUUGAGAUGGUGCAGGAGUGCAACGACAUACUGUUCGAGCGCAUCACCACCAAUCUGGACAUCAAGAGCGGUCUGCGCCGGAAUCCCCAACAGGUCGUGGAGGCCCAGGUGGACGUGAUGAGCAGCUCCACUGCAGGCGAGCCCUCGGUGGCUUCGCCGCAAACCCAGGAGACGCCCAAGGCGGGCAGCUGGAACAGAACGACAGGAACACCGCAACGCAGCAUGGUUUCGGCUCGCCUCUUUACGGCCAAAAACAUUGUUCGCCCGCAGACGCAAUUUAAGGAGCCGGUGGAUAACAGUGGCCAGACUCCGUUCGUUCCCAGGCUCAAGGAGAAGCCCAAUUCACUGAAACCGCUGGCACUCCUCCCCGAAUACGAUGAUGCCGGCAAUAUCGUGUCAUAUUUGCAUCCCUACGAGUUUGAGCUGCUCAAGUUUCAGCCUCCGGCGCAGCAACUGCAGAAACAGAAGCCAGUGCUCCCAGAACUAAUGGCAAACACCGAGUUACUGGUGGUGGACACCGUGGAGAAGCUGCAGCAGGCCCUGGAGGAGCUGAGGCAAGCGACCCAAAUAGCCAUAGAUGUGGAGCACCACUCGUAUCGCACCUUCAUGGGCAUCACUUGCCUCGUCCAGAUGUCGACGCGCAACAAAGAUUAUAUUUUCGAUACCCUCAUUCUGCGCGAUGAGAUGCACAUACUGAAUCUGGUGCUCACCGAUCCCAAGAAGCUGAAGAUUCUGCACGGCGCCGACUUGGACAUUGAGUGGCUGCAGAGGGACUUGUCUUUGUAUAUUGUCAACAUGUUCGACACCCAUCGGGCAGCCAAGGCCUUGAACAUGGCCCGUUUGUCGCUGGCCUUCUUGCUGAAGAACUAUCUGGAUUUGGAUGUGGACAAGAGCCUGCAACUGGCCGACUGGCGGAUGAGGCCACUGCCCCAGCAGCUGGUGGACUAUGCCCGCCAGGAUACCCACUUUCUGAUAUACGUUUACGAACGGAUGACUAACGAUUUGCUGCAGCAGCAGGCGGAGCCGGGUCUGCUGGGCAGUGUCUAUCAACUGAGCACGGAUGUGUGCAAGAAGCGCUACAAUAAGCCUCACAUUGGUCCCGAAUCCCAUAUGGAUUUGGUGCGGAAAACUAAGCGAUCCUUCGACAAUCGCCAGCUGUACGCCCUCCGCGGAAUCUUCGAGUGGCGCGAUGCGACGGCGCGUUCGGAGGAUGAGAGCUAUGGCUAUGUGUUGCCCAACCAUAUGAUGCUUCAAAUCGCCGAGAGUCUGCCGCGGGAGAUGCAGGGCAUCCUGGCCUGCUGCAAUCCCAUUCCGCCGCUGGUGCGCCAACAGCUGCACACGCUCCACCAGAUUGUCCUCAAGGCGCGCGAUCAGCCGCUGGUCAAACCAAUUUUGGAAGCCCGCAGCAGCACACAGGCAUCGUUGCCGCCCUCUACCAAAGAUUUCAGCAGCAAGCUCUACUGUCCGCACGACUUUUCGCAUCAGGAGGAGACCCGCGACGAUCUGCCCACGCUGCUGAAACGCAGUUCAGCCACAGGAAAACUUGAGCUGCCCAGGGAGGAGGAUGUCCCCAAAGAAGAUCAACUUAUAGCAACACCUGCAAUGGCUCUCUUUGACAAACCAGCCAAACCCACGCCUGAGGAGGAGCAACGAUGGGCCUAUCUGCGCAAGGAGAGCCAGACCCUGCGCAUGCCCUACAAACGCUACUUGGCCAUCCUGCCGCUGAUGGAGCAGCUGAAGGAGGAUCAGAAUGCCAGGGAGCGCAGUGAGCUGCUGAAGAGGCGUUUGUGUCCAGCGGCACCGGAACCGGAGCAAAACAUUAAGCUGGAGGGACAUACCAUCAAGCAAGAAGAGGAUGCCAUGUACUCCGUGCCGCUGAAGGAGCAACUGAAACGCAAGCACCAAACCAACGGCAAAACGGAUGCUGAUCAACAGCCGACUACCAGUAAGAGAUCCCGCAAAGAUGAGAAUACAAAACCUAGAGUAAAGCCAGAGCCGCCAGUGAAAAAAGAACCAGCAGAAGUGGUCCAUCAGGUUCCUGGCGAAAGCGACGAUGAGGUCGUGGAAGUGCCCAUAGAAAGGCAAGCCACAGAGCCACCAAAGCCUCCGCCAGCACAGAGUAAGAAGCAGCAGAAGCGAAAGCAAUUCCAGCGCGGUUUUAAGGCCAAAAACCGAGGAAAUCAUCCCCAGAGCUCCAGUCAGCAUAUCACUCAUCCAAAGGCUGAAGGCAACUUUGACUACAAGAACGUGGACUUCCGGCAAUUCAAGGGAGGAGCGCAAAGAGCCCGCGGAACAGAAAUCAAGCAGAAUAUUCGCGGAAAGAACCGUCCCAACAACCGCAACAAUAAGCAGUUCAACAAGCUUUUUACAUUUAGUAAUGUAAAGAAAGAUGGCAAAAAAUAAACUGCAAUUGUGACGAAAGUCUGAAAAAUAUAUAUAAAAGUACUAUAUAUAUUCAGGACGUGGACUUGAUAGAAAAAAUACAAAACCACCAAAAUUGAAUUAGACAAGUGUUUAUUUUUGAUUGUUACACUCUUCUUUCAAGUUACAAAACUAUAAUUUUUAAUUUCAAUUUUCUAAAAUAUUACCUAUUAAAUAACAACCGUAACUAUACAUUAAACUAGACUAUCGGAUAUGUUUUUAAGGUGCGGUUUACAAUGCUAAACAGUUUUGAGAACAUGAUAAAAGAGAUAUUAAAGUGGAAAA